AUGAUUUCCGCAUCACCGGUUCCCGUGGGGUCCAGCGUCUUUUUUACUUUGGCCCUCCUUACGAUCUCUGUGCUAGUUUUGUUACUUCUGCGACGCUUUCUCACUCUCCGCGCGACUCCGGCCUACCUUUCCAUCCCCGUCUUCCUUGCACUCGCGCUUCCGGCCAGUGUAGUUCUUCUAGUACCAAUUGAUCUAGCAUCGAGCUCGCGCGAUGGCGGAGGCCCCACGGCCAUCUGGCUACCCGACCGUCUAAUUCUCGUCUCCUGGCGCAUCGCUUACUGGCUAAUCUUUGUGCUGACAUGGGCCAUCCUUCCUUUACUCGGAGAAUACAUUGAUUCGGGCUACCGUGAUCCGAAAGGUCGCAUUCAAUAUUCCAUUCGCUCCAAUGCGCGGUACCAACUGAUUGUUCUGUGCUGUGCAACGGUCGGAUUAAUCUACAUCUCGAUCCAGAAUGGUUUUGAAUUCACCUCGAUUAAGACGCUAGUGAUGGCUCUUGCAUAUGUUUGGGGUCUGGUUCUGGCCAUCUAUCUGAUGGGUCACGGACUUGUGUCCAUUCCCCGCACGCUCUUCCGUAACUCCAACGUCAGUGGUCGUCUGCGGAGAAUCCAAGCACAUGCUCCGAAACUGCACGACCGUUUGAUGGACGCCAUUAAUGACCUGGAAAGCUUGGAGUCGCAAGUUGCUCAAUUGCAGCGUCGCAAAACGGGCACCGCUCGCGAUUUUCAGGAAUGGAUUGAUGAAUUGGCAGAGACCUCGAACCCGCCCGAGCUGCGUUCGGGGCUCUUGGAACAUGCGGACGGGCCCGGCACUAUCCCUGCCGUCAUUACUGAACGUUACCUUGCGGACUUGACCCGACGUCUUCAGCGCGCUCGGCAUCAGAAGGCUCGCUUCGUCGAUGAGUGGGAUCGCUUGGUCCUAUCCGCAGCAGACAUGCAGGCAAUAUUCAAUGCGUCGGCAUCUAAGAAGCUCGAGUUUAUUCACUCCCCCCAUCGAGCAUCUUGGCUCCCGAGCCUGAACUUCCUGAGUCCCUAUAUGCGCUACCACCUCUAUGUGCAUGUCAUUCCAAACGUACGACUUGCACUAGGCGCAGUUUUCUCGGCGGCCUCCGUGUGCGUUGUCUGGUCGGAGUUGGUCAAGUCCUUGGCGCCUCGGCUAUCCGUUGUGACGCUUUCUAUAGUUUCUUACCACAAGGAGCCUGCGCCGGUCGACUUUGGGCGCCAAUUGAUUGCCUCUGCUUGGCUGCUGUACAUGUGCUCGGCAGCAUUAGUGGGUGUCAACGACGCCAAAGUGUGGGGCAACCGUGCUUUGGUCCGCCGAAACACGUACGGGGAGAGCGCCUGUUGGUAUGCGGGGCUAGUCGCCAGACUGACAGUUCCCAUCGCUUACAACUUCUUGACCUUUUUGCCUGCGACCGUCCGGCAGAACACUACUUUUUACAAGUUCUUGGGCCGGUUCAUUGACCUUACCCCGCUCGGAAAGGGCUUUGAUUACUUCUUCCCGGUCUUCAUUCUGGUGCCUAUCGGUGCCACCCUAUUCAAUCUCUACGGUCGCGUCCAGAAUAUCUGCAGCUGGGGUCUUCUGGAAGAAGAAGACGAUGAUCUGGAGAACAACCCCGGUGGCUACGGACUAGGUGGGUGGCGAGAGGGGCGUGAUCUUAUCGACCGGGAGCUCAACGGCCUCGGCUCUUUGGGACUCUCCCCUCGUGGCGGUCGGUCACCUCGCCCGUCCAGUCGCAUUGACGAUGACACGCCAGCAUUCUCCUCCUCUCGCACCGCGCUGCUGGAGAAUUCUAGAACCCCUCGGGCCUCCAGAGGUACACCCGCCACGACUCCGUUGAUGGAAGAUGAGGAUGAAGAUAACUUUUUCCAGUCUUUCGCUCAUCGAGUGAGGAACACAUUUGAAACCGCCAGCAAGCCCCAGUGGCUGCAGGGCGACUCCUUCCGUCUCCCCAGAUGGAUGGGCAGUGAAAGCAAUGAAGGUGAUAGCGGACUGGCAAGGUGGUUUGGUGGUCGACCAGCACCUGGCGGAGUCCGACUGUAA